GAGUUGGAUUGAAAAAAAAAAAAAUCAAUGCAGGCUUCCAUCUCCCUUUCAGCUACAUCUCACUCCUCCCCCGCCAUUGCCAGAUCUGACCGUUCGGUAGAAUUCAUCAAUACCAAUGCUCUCAAGCCUGUGAAUCUCCGUUUCUGUGGUCUCAGAAGAGAGGCCCUUGGAUUUUGUGCUUUGAAACGGUCUGGUUCUCGUUCAGCUGUGCUGUCGGGACGAAGGUCCUCCUCGAGGGAGUUAUCAGCUUCGUUGUCCCAAAAUGGAGUUUCCUCAAAGGGGUUUGACUACGAUCUAGUUAUUAUUGGAGCUGGCGUCGGUGGUCAUGGAGCUGCUCUUCAUGCUGUCGAGAAGGGGAUGAAAACUGGAAUCAUUGAGGGAGAUGUGGUGGGAGGAACUUGUGUAAACAGAGGUUGUGUUCCUUCUAAAGCUCUGCUUGCUGUGAGUGGUCGGAUGCGCGAAUUUCAGAAUGAGCAUCACUUGAAGGCAUUGGGUUUGCAGGUUUCAUCUGCUGGGUAUGACAGAAAAGGAGUUGCUGAUCAUGCAAAUAAUCUUGCUUCAAAAAUUCGUAGUAACUUGACCAAUUCAAUGAAAGCUCUUGGUGUGGAUAUAUUAACAGGUGUCGGCACAAUUUUGGGUCCACAAAAGGUGAAAUAUGGAAAAGUUGGCUUCUCUGACAAUAUUAUUACUGCAAAAGAUAUAAUUAUUGCUACUGGUUCUGUUCCUUUUGUUCCCAAGGGCAUCGAAGUUGAUGGAAAAACUGUAAUUACCAGUGAUCAUGCACUCAAGCUGGAGUCUGUUCCUGAUUGGAUAGCAAUUGUAGGAAGUGGUUACAUUGGCCUUGAAUUCAGUGAUGUGUAUACGGCACUUGGAAGUGAGGUUACUUUUAUUGAAGCACUGGAUCAGCUUAUGCCUGGCUUUGAUCCUGAAAUCGGAAAGUUAGCCCAGAGAGUUCUCAUAAAUCCUCGUAAAAUUGAUUACCAUACUGGUGUAUUUGCAAGCAAGAUCACUCCGGCAAAGGAUGGAAAACCUGUCACUAUUGAGCUUAUUGAUGCAAAGACAAAGGAGCCAAAAGAUACUUUGGAGGUGGAUGCUGCACUUAUUGCAACUGGAAGGGCUCCGUUCACAAAAGGACUUGGUUUGGAAAAUAUUAAUGUAGAAACGCAACGUGGUUUUGUUCCUGUUGAUGAGCGCAUGCGAGUAAUUGACAAGAAUGGCAAUCUGGUUCCACAUGUAUAUUGCAUUGGUGAUGCAAAUGGGAAAAUGAUGCUUGCUCAUGCUGCAAGCGCACAAGGGAUAUCUGUUGUUGAACAAGUCGGUGGGAAGGAUCAUGUGCUAAACCAUUUGAGCAUCCCGGCAGCCUGCUUCACUCAUCCUGAAAUUAGUAUGGUUGGUUUGACAGAGCCUCAAGCAAGGGAGAAAGGUGAAAAGGAAGGAUUUGAAGUAAGUGUUGCCAAGACUAGCUUUAAGGCUAACACAAAGGCCCUAGCAGAAAAUGAAGGAGAGGGGCUGGCUAAGUUGAUAUACAGGCCUGACAAUGGAGAGAUUCUGGGAGUUCAUAUUUUUGGGUUGCAUGCUGCAGACCUCAUCCAUGAAGCAUCCAAUGCAAUAGCCUUGGGCACGCGUAUUCAGGAUAUAAGACUUGCUGUUCAUGCACAUCCGACUUUGUCAGAAGUGCUUGAUGAGCUCUUUAAAUCAGCUAAGGUCUCUAGUGUUUCUAGUCCAAUCAGAGAACCAGUUGCAGUAUAAGCUUCUCCACACUGAGGAUUUUGAUCAUGUUACCUGUUAGGGUGUCUCUGGAAGCUGCACGUCUCAUAAUAGAUCAGCCCAAAUGCCACAUAAUGGAAUGGUUGGCACCUCUGUUCAGUAUUUCAAGAAGAAUCAGACCCCAAAUUUGCAGGUGUCAUUUGUAUUUGAGCGCCUUUCACGGCUGGUUAAUUAUUUAUGUAGUUUUGCAAUCAAAUUCUUAUGCAAGUCACUUAGUAUUAGUUGGUCCAUUUAGCAUCAGUUGACCUUAAAAAAAUAAGGUAACGGGCUCGCCUGGAAGUAAAAUGGCACUCCCUCCGAAACUUGGUCCAUUUAGUCAUUUACAAAUUGCUCUAAUUUUAUGUAAAAUAUUGAGAAUAUUUUUGCUGAAAUAAGAUUUAUUA